AGAUAAGAUAGCGCUGGUGUCGGGCACAGUCAUUUCGUAACAGAAGCGUCGUUUUGUAAACCAAAACGUGUCUCAGCGUGAAUUCGCCAAGUUUGUUUGUGUUACCGAGUGCCCCCAAAGAAUCGAACAAGAUGACCGUGGAAGAGGAAGUGAUGAGGCUACAGAAAAAACUCAGUAAAAUGACGUCAGAAGAUGGAAGUGGACAAGAACAAGCUCUAGAUUUACUGAAAGAACUCCAAAGAUUGGACAUAAACCUGGAAGUAUUGACAAAAACCCGUAUCGGUAUGACAGUCAAUGCCCUCAGGAAAUCCAGCACAGACGAAGAGGUUAUAAGUCUUUCAAAAACACUAAUUAAAAACUGGAAGAAAUUUUUAUCGGGUUCAGGAACCCCAGGUAAAGAAUCAUCCAGUAGCUCUUCAAAACCUAAAAAAGAAAAGGAAGAAAAGAAACCUGCCAAAGAAGAAAAAGAAAGGGACAAAGAACAAAAGACAACAUCUUAUCCACCCAAUUCAAAUACCACAGACUCUGUUCGUUUAAAGUGUAGGGAAAUGCUAUCAGCAGCUAUCAGUACAGAUUCAAAAGCAGAGGAUUUUGAUGGUUGUGCGUCAGCUGAAGAGCUAGCGGAAGAAUUGGAAGAGGCGAUCUUCUGCGAAUUCAAAAACACCGACAUGCGCUACAAGAACCGCGUGCGCUCCAGGAUCUCGAACCUGAAGGACGUGAAGAACCCGACUCUGCGAACGAACUUCCGCAUCGGCGCCAUCUCCGCCGCCCGGCUGGCGGUGAUGACGGCCGAAGAGAUGGCCAACGACGAGGUGAAGCUGCUGAGGGAGAAGUUCACCAAGGAGGCGAUCAACGACGCGCAGCUGGCGACCGCGCAGGGCACCAAGACGGAAAUGCUGAAGUGCGGCAAGUGCAAGAAGCGCAACUGCACGUACAACCAGCUGCAGACGAGGUCUUCGGACGAACCCAUGACCACUUUUGUGCUGUGCAACGAGUGCGGCAACAGGUGGAAGUUCUGCUGAUUUGGAGGCGUUCGCACGUAUAAAAUUGUGUUUCUACGAACGAUAACGGUUAAUGUUGUUUUUCGGUUGGUUGGAGACUACCGGUAGGAUAAGUAGGAAUGUAAUUUGUCGCGAUUAUUGCAAGGGUUUUUGGUGUACCAAUAAUAGACCUUUUAACAAAAGUUGGACGGACAAUUUUAUAACUUUUGUAUUUGCUUGUGUGCUAUUUUUUUAAAAGGCCUUAUUGAUAUAGUUUCCCUUUUAUUGCAGUCGUAUUUUUUAAGUUGCGGUCAUUUAUCUUUGUUUGGACGGUUUUGACCGUUUUUAAGAUAAUUAGCCGACUUUUUUGGUUUUAAAAUCUGCAAAAUGUAUUAAAUUACAAUCAUUGUUUUAAAAGUACAAAACAAAGUUUGAAAAUUGAAUUCUAUUUAAACUGAAUAACGAGAAGACUAAAUAAACAAUUUU